GUGCUGAAUGCCUUCGAGUUGUUCACAUUAAAUUCAUAAAAAUAACUAAGAUUUUAUUUUUCUAAGAUGUUGUCCAGCAAGUGCAAUUGGUAUUGCCUCAGCGUCUAUAGCAAUGUUAGCACUGAAGAACUGAGCAUUGAUGCGAUGUUAGGCAUAUUGGAAGAGCAUUGUAAGACUCAUUAUAUCAGCUGGAAUCCCGUCUAUAUAGAAGAAGGCGGUGAAAGAGAUGAGACUGAAAAUGUAGAUCCCAAAUUUAGCUUCUAUGUGCGCACAAAUGGUAAAGCAAUGGCAAUAAAAGGUAUACCAAAAGAAUCCAAGAUAUGGUUACACAACAAACGGAAAACACCGUCACCCAAGAUAGAUGAUGAAUUUAAAUUAAAAAUACGUCAGAUUAUAUUAAAGCGCCUUACUCCGGAUAUAUUGAGAGUAGAUUUGUCAAAGUUGUGGGAAGAUGAACAUUGGGGAGAUAUUUUUUGUGCGCUAAGCAAUAAGGACUGCAUGAAUACUGCCAUUGAAGCAAUUGGCGAACUUAUGCCUAGAUUACACAGUCUAGAUCUGACUAACAACUACAUUAGCGAUCUCUCUGCCUUUGAAGGUAUCGAAAGUCAUUUGCCCGAACUGAAAACAAUAUUAUUGAAAGGAAAUCAAUUGAAGAAUCUGGAAUCUUUAAAAAUCUUUGAGAAACUGCCACUGGUUGAACUCGAACUCGAAGGCAAUCCAGUCUCCACGGAUGCUUAUCGAUUGGAUGUGGCAAAACUAUUGCCCAAUCUAAAAAUCGUUGAUGGGAGACCAGUGCAACGCAAAACUAUUCGACGACUAUUGGCAGAAAGUCCUAGAGAGCGAAGUAAUUCCAAUGAAACUAGUAAAGACAAUAUGCUGAAAAUCAAUAGAGCAUCUAGUAGAAGCUGCAGUGUUGAAAAUAUAUUUAAUAAUGAUCAUAAAGAAAGUCAUCCUGAAGCUCUAAUCACCACAUCUAUCGACAGUUUUUCAGUUCCUCUUAGUACUAACAUUUCUGAUAAGCUGCAAAAUAGUAAUUGCUCUUCUAACACUCAAACAGUCUCAGCAACCGCAGUGGCUAACGGAAAUAAAAUAGAUAUUGAUGUUGCACAGCCAACAAAAAACCCAAAUAGGAAAAGGGCUACAGUUGAAAAUUCUGAAAAUUUACAAAGUGAAAAGUCUUAUAGUUAUAUACCAAUAAGUAAUGAUUUGGACAAUGCACUGGAUAUCAAGUUUUUUCCAAAUACAGAAACCGUUCAAAUUGCUGAAAUACUUUCAGUUUCUGAAUAUUUGAAUGAAUCAAAAAGUUGUAAAGUAACUAAAUUCUCCACAGAUAAUGAAAUAUCACCUAUCACUCAAAGCUGUUCAGCUGAUAGUUCCCAAGAACUCGUCAUUGCUAACAAAAAUAAAAUAGAUACUAACAUUCCACAACCUACACAGACUCCAGAUAAAAUUGCUGAAAGUUCUGAAAGUUUACACAGAACAGAAAUUGUAUCUAAAAAUCAUAUACGACUUCUCAAAGAAAGUUGUAAUGAUAUGGACAGUGUACUGGAUACUAAAAUCGCAACGUCUAUUGACAACUGUUCAACUCCACUAAAAUCAGAUCCACAAGCUACUAAACUCUCUACAAAUAUUAUCAUAUCACCAAUUGCUAAAAGCUGUUCAGUAACUGAAAAUCAUCCAACUGAAAUAGACAAAAAUCAUCUAGAUACACUAAAAUCUAUCAUUCUAGAUCCAAAUAUGUGCUGCUUAAAUCCUGAAAAUUCAACUAAUUCUAAAACUAUACCAACAACCUUAAGUCCAUCCGGAGAUAAUUUACGAACUGCUGUCGUCUCACCGACUGAAAAAUUAAGUUUUCAAAAUCGAAAGAACUAUGAACAACUUCCACUAGAAGCUAGCACUAACUUGAACUAUAAUAAUAUUUCUUGUAGUCUAAGUAAUCUAAUUGUUAAAGAGGAGGACUCGAUGAAAAACGUCAAUACAACAUUAAGCGAUGAUGCGAUCAUUUCAGCGAUAUCUAAGGGAAAAAUCGAAAGGGAUUCAUCGAUGGCAGUAAAAGAUAUACUAAGUGAUAAAAAUACUAAUACAGUAAAGCAACAAAGUUCACAAAAUACCAACACUCAACGAAUUGCAGCGCACAAUGAUCUCCAACUAUUCCUUAAUGCAUAUCUUAACGCAUUCGACAAUAAACAAGAGCAACUUAGAUGGUUCUAUCAUGAGAAGGCAAUGGUAGCAUUCUUCGAGAAUGAAAAAGAUGACUUCCACGAAAUGGGUUUGGACGAUGCCCUCGCUAGAUUUAGAGAAUUACCGCAGACCACAAAGCACUUAUUGCCAUCGAUCACAGUCAAUCUGAAUGUGUUGAAACCCGAUCGCAUUUGCUUCAAUAUCUCUGGCAUACAAAAAACAGACGGCUAUCGUUAUUUUAUCCGUACUUUCGUCCUGGUACCGCUGCCUAAUGUUGUCACCGAUUUUCGCAUUUGGAAUGAAUAUAUUUAUACAGGCAACACAACAUGUUGUAAAAAAAUCGCAUUGGAAGGCGAGAUGUUGAUGCCAAUCUCAUACUUCGAGCUGUUUACCGAGAUGUUCUUAUUUGAAAUAGAGCGUCGGCUGGCUAUGUUUUCGGAAAUCACAAAUAUGAAGCCAGAUUGGUGUUACAAGUGUCUCGUCGACUGGAAUUGGAAUAUGGAUGAUGCCCUAAUGAUCUUCACAAAAAUGAAUCAACAGAAGCUCAUUCCUGAUGUAGCCUUUAUGCCAACACACUGAUAUAGCGGAGAGUCAAUUAUCUUUUAGUUUUUGAAUUUAUGUUAUUCGUUAUGUUUUAUUACGUCAAUUUGUAUUAUCUCUGGCCUUAAAAAUGAAUAAGUUUUCAAUCGUAUUAUUUUUGUGACAAUAACUAGGAAAA